AAUUUUCCGUUGUUGUCAGGGCUCUAACCUCCUCACUGGUAAAUGGCGGGUGCCCAAAAGCGCCAAUCAUAUAUAUAGAUAGUGACUUUAGUGAGAAAGAGAAGCAGAUCGCUAUGCGAUAAAAGAGCGAGGAAUCAAAUUCCGGAGCGAAAAUAAAAAAAUGGCAGGAAAGUACAGCCCAAGAUCCAGGUCCCCAAUCUUCCUCCUCACAACCCUCUCUCUCAUCGCCCUCUCCAUCCUCUUCUUCCUCUUCUCUCUCUCCCCGAGAAUCCGAACUCCUGACCCGAACCCGAACCGGAGCCCCGAGACCUCCUUCGUGGCCUCGCUGGAGCACUUCCUCGCCCACCGUGUCCCCAAAUCCAAGUCCGACGACACCGCCCGUACACCGGAAGAGGAGGUCGUCGUCCGAGACCUCGACGACUCGAUGUACAGGAUAGAGAGCCGGAGGGUGCACGUAGACCCGUACUACCCCUUCGGAGCGCCGAUUAGGGUUUACGUGUACGAGAUGCCGAACAAGUUCACCUACGAUCUGCUCUGGCUGUUCCGGAACACGUACCGAGACACCUCCAAUCUCACCUCCAAUGGCAGCCCCGUCCACCGCUUGAUCGAACAGCACUCGGUGGAUUACUGGCUGUGGGCGGACUUGAUAGCGCCAGAGUCAGAGAGGCUGUUGAAGAGUGUGGUGAGAGUUGGGAGGCAGGAGGAGGCGGACCUCUUCUACAUUCCCUUCUUCACCACCAUAAGCUUCUUCUUGUUGGAGAAACAGCAAUGCAAAGCGCUUUACAGGGAAGCUCUGAAGUGGGUGAUGGAUCAGCCUGCAUGGAAGCGAUCUGGAGGAAGGGAUCACAUACUUUCAGUUCAUCAUCCUUGGUCUUUUAAAACUGUUCGCAAAUUCAUGAAGAAUGCAAUUUGGCUGCUACCAGAUAUGGACUCCACAGGGAACUGGUACAAGCCGGGACAGGUCUUUCUUGAGAAGGACCUAAUUCUCCCUUAUGUUCCCAAUGUUGAUUUAUGUGAUGCCAGAUGCGUAUCAGAAAGUUAUUCAAGGAGAAGCUCAUUACUGUUUUUCCGAGGGCGUCUUAAAAGAAAUGCGGGAGGAAAAAUACGUGCUAAACUUGUGGCUGAGCUAAAUGGUGCUGAGGGUGUAGUUAUAGAGGAGGGAGCAGCUGGAGAGGAAGGCAAAGCAGCAGCUCAGAAUGGCAUGCGCAAGUCUAUCUUUUGCCUAAGUCCAGCUGGUGACACUCCAUCAUCUGCUAGAUUGUUUGAUGCUAUUGUUAGUGGCUGCAUUCCUGUUAUAGUUAGUGAUGAAUUGGAGCUUCCUUUUGAAGGAAUACUUGAUUACAGAAAGAUAGCUUUAUUUGUUUCGUCCAGUGAUGCUCUACAACCAGGAUGGCUUUUAACAUUUCUAAAAAGUGUUAGCCCUGCUCAUAUCAAAGAAAUGCAACAAAAUCUUGCCAAGUACUCGAGGCAUUUUCUGUAUUCCAGUCCUGCUCAACCUUUGGGUCCAGAAGACUUGGUUUGGAGAAUGAUGGCUGGUAAGUUGGUAAAUAUCAAGCUUCAUACCCGGAGAUCUCAGCGCGUGGUGAAAGAGUCUAGAAGCCUGUGCACUUGUGAUUGCAGAAGUGCCAACUUUACUAGCCCACCAGGUCUCUCUCUCUGAUGAAAAUGUUCUUUCAUGCAUGGCUUUGAUACUUCUAGGUCAAAUGUAAUAUCGAUAUCCGUGGUCUUUGAAAUUUUUGGUCUGUAAUCUGUUAAUUUCUUUGCCUUAAUCUCUUUAUUUUUUGGCUGUAGUUAUAACUUAUUGUGGACAUGCUUUUAUGAAAUGCAAAUUCGUUUCCCUCUCA